CAAGGGACGACCACCUUAAGAAGGCACCUGGCCUCCCAUCACCUAGCCCAGUGGGAGCAACACCUUCCAACGUGCUGUCAUCACGUUAAUCUGGCAAAAGGAUUACACAGUAGUGAAGAAGACAUCUGGUGAGUGUGCGACCUGCACGAGGGACCCCUAUGUGUCAGACGUAUGGAGCAGGACCCAAAACCUUUUUAUGGAGUCGACAUGUUACUCACUGAUAGCUGAGAGGAACAAUCACCAGAACAUCCUUGAACUUACCAAGAAGAUUAUUCAAUUGUUGACUGGAGAAGUCCCUCUAAGGAGUCAGGAUGUCGCUGUCUAUCUGUCCAUGGAGGAGUGGGAGUAUAUAGAAGAACACAGGGAUCUGUACAAGGACAUCACAAUGGAGAAUCACCAGCCCGUCAUAUCACUAGAUGACCCCAGUAAGAAAAACCUACCGGUAAGAUGUGCCAGUCCUCUCCGUUCACAGGAUUAUCCAGCAGAAAAUCCUUAUGUCUCACUGGAUCAUUCGAGUGAAGACCUGAUUAAUAUUAAAGCUGAGGAGGAGAUGUAUACGAGGGGACGCCAACAGUGUAAGCAGGAAGAAAUGCAUGCAGAUGGUUGUCAUGAACUAUCAGAAGGAUAUCUCUUAUUUCCAUAUUAUGAAGCAGAACCUAAAUAUAUCCCUCACCAACCUUUUUCUGAAAACUCCAUUGCUCCAGAUAUAACCAUGGUCCUUCACAGCGGGGAGCUGUCGUCUGAUUCAACUAAUCACAAGGAACCUUCAUCUGAUCAAUCUCAGAUUUCUAAGCAGAAUGCAAGUCAUAGAGGGGGUAAAAUAUUUACAUGUUGUGAAUGUGGGAGACAUUAUAAAACUAUCUCUAAUCUUUCUGUGCACAUGAGAAUGCACAGAAAUGAAAGACCAUUUGCAUGUUCAGAAUGUGGGAAAUGUUUUACCAAGAAAUCAAUUCUUGUUGAUCAUCACAAAGUUCACACAGGUGAGAAGCCGUUUUCAUGUUCAGAAUGUGGAAAAUGUUUUACCAAGAAAUCAGCUGUUGUUGAACACCAGAGAAGUCACACCGGAGAAAGGCCAUUUUCAUGUUUGGAAUGUGGGAAAUGUUUUUCUAGGAAAUCUAUUCUGGUUGAACAUCAACGAAUUCAUACAGGGAAGAAGCCGUUUUCAUGUCCAGAAUGUAAGAAAUGUUUUAUGGCCAAACAUCAUCUUGAGAGACAUCAAAUAACUCACACAGGAGAGAAGCCAUUUUCAUGUUCAGCAUGUGGGAGAUCGUUCACCAGGAAAUGGCUCCUUGAGAGACAUAUCAGAACUCACAUACAGUAG